ACUAUACUGUAUACCAGUUUUCUCUCUUUUCAUCAGAAGCCAACAGUUAACAAUUCACUAUCUUGCUCUCACUAAAUCAUGUCUCGCCGAGAACGAGACGGCCGAGUUUCCGACUCGAGACGACACCGUUCUGGCCAUGACCGAGAUUCCAGUCCUAAGAGGUCUAGAAGGGACGGGAAGCCGGAAACGGAGAGAGUUCUUAGCAGUGCUAUCUUGAAUGUUGAAGAUGGUAACGAUAAGGAUCAAAAGCAUAGGCGGAGGUUACAUGACGUAUUGCCGCUGGAGGCUGAUUCCAAAGUAGAGUCUGGCGUUGUAAGUGAGGAUUCGGAGAAGAAAUUUGAUGGGCAGCGUGAAGGAACUAAGCGGGUUCUGGGUCCAACUGAUGUACCUCGGUCUCAAUCUUAUUUUCAGCACGACGAGCGUGGUAAUGCCGCGCAAGUUGGUCGAAGCUUUGGUCGGAGAGCAACAACUGAGCAUAGAUGGAGGGAUAUAAAGCAUGAACAAAAUGAAAGGGCCAUAAACAAGUCAUUUAGUCGCGAUCUACAGCAAAGAGAUGGGAGAUUACAAGCAAAGGAGGACAAUAACAGUGUCUGGCGUCACGAUGCGUAUUUCAAAAUGGAGGCCGAACCAACUCCUGUGAGGAAAAGACCUGCGUUUACAGAGAAAAAAGUCUCAGAGAAUGCUGAUAAAGCCGCUAUCGAAUCUGUGAGACCAAGUCAUUCUAAUCGUCCACCGGCAGGAAGUGAAAGAAGGGAUGAAAGAAAUCGUGAUACUCGAUAUUCUGACCGACUUGAGAGGCCAGCGUUUGGCGACAGGAGAGAAGCGCAGAGGGGCGGGCUUAGGGAACGAUAUAACAGUAUCGGUGGGAAUUACAGCGAAAGAGAGAGAUUUAAUGGAAGGCAAGGUUAUGGCAUUGGAGGUACUAGAGCAGAAAAAUGGAAACAUGAUAUGUUUGAUGAGAGUAACAAGAGUCCAACCACAAAGAAUGAAGAGGAUCAAAUUGCAAAAGUUGAGGCACUUUUGGCUUCAUAGUUUUUGCAAGGAUGGCCUAGUUCUUUUUAUUUGCCAAUGCACCAUAGUAAUUUUAGACUCUGAACUAUUUUGAGCACAUGAUUGUACUUUAAUUUUGGAAAGAUUGAGUGUACUCGAGACCAAAAAUUAAAUAAAAGGAACUUAUUUGUUAUUUGAAAUAAA